AUGAGUUUUAUCAGAGAGCCAGUUUGUGAUCCAAUGAACAAUGUAUGUGUUAAUGUUGCAUUGGAAGAUGUUAUCUACAAUCCAGGGGUGGAAUAUAGUAUUGAACACCAUGGCAAGGUCCAGAAGGACAUUAAACUGAAGCCUACAGAAUGCCUUGAGAAUUGUCGGAAUCCUCUUUCAAAGAAAAAACAAGAAGUGCUGCACAAUGGACUGACCUGCCUUACCAAAAAGAAUAGGCAUGACUACCGCAAUGACAGCUCAGAUCGAGAAAAUGAUCGCAAUCUGUGCCAGUAUAUUGGAAAGAAUAAAAGAAAGAAAUUUCAGAAGAAAAAUAGACAGCUCAAGCCAUCUCAGAACAGAUAUCGGGGCAGUGACUGUGAGUGUCCCAGUGGAGAGUCAAAGGCAUCACAUCGGAACAGCUCCCAUGACAGAGUGAGUGAUUGUGACAGUGAAAGUGAACAAGAUGAGAAGGGGUCUGAUGCAAGUUCUGAAAAGCUGUUUAGCACUGCUACAAGCAAAGGUAAAGACAAUUGUGAUAGAACACAAACUACAAAUGACUUUCAGGAGGCAAGGGGACCAAGUGUCCUGAAAAUUUCAGGUCUAGAAAGAAGUCAAGAGAGCUGUCAAGAUAACAGUGAAGACUCUGUACUUGUGCCUCCUGUGCCAAACAGUCCACGGCCACAAAGCCAUCCUGUGACACAGUCUUUUUUGGAGCUUCAGGCUAAUCCUACAUCUCCUGUCCCUAUUCAAGUCCAACAAGUAAGGCUACCUGCACAACAAGAGAUUCAAACUGCCCAACUAAUACAGACAUCUGUAGAGGUUCAGGCCCAACCUCAUCAUCAUCCUCAGCCUCAUUUACAGACUAAUCCUCUGCAUCAGCCUCUUUCUCAACCGCAGCCACAGCCUCAACCUCAGCCUCAGUCACAGCCUCAACCUCAGCCUCAGUCACAGCCUCAACCUCAGCCUCAUUCUCAGCCUCAGCCUCAGACACAGCCACAGCCACAGCUUCAGUCUCAGCCUCUGCAUCUGCCGCUACCUUUGUCUCAGCCUGCACCAAGACUGCAAACACCAGAGCAGGCAGUUCAUCAGUGUCUGACUCCAGUUCAUUCUCGGCCUCCAUCACAAAAUCAUCCACAGCCUCUGUCAACAUUUAGUAGCAGCCGAAGCCUGAGCCUCAACAGCUUAAGUAGUGGGAGCAGCACACCCGUGAAAUCCCAAGCCGCACCUGCACCGGUAGUACACCACCCACCAGCUGCAGCGUAUCCCCUGUCUUUACCAAGCCAUAGUCCUCUGCACAGUUUCUCACCUACUGUACAAACAUCUCCACAUCCUCACCACCCCAAUAUGUUUGCACCACCAGCGGCUUUGCCACCCCCUCCUCCACUUACUUCAGGGACACUUCAAGUACCAGGACAUCCUGCUGGGAGUUCAUAUUCAGAGCAAGAUCUACUCCGACAAGAAUUAAAUACUCGAUUUUUGGCAUCACAGAGUGCUGACCGUGGAGCUUCAUUGGGACCUCCUCCAUACUUGAGAACAGAGUUCCAUCAGCACCAACAUCAGCACCAGCAUACACACCAGCACACGCAUCAGCACACGUUUACAGCAUUUCCGCAUGCCAUACCACCUGCUGCAAUUAUGCCAACGCCAGCACCUCCCAUGGUGCGUACCCCAGGCAGAAAUUUUGAGAAGUAUCCCACCAAGGUUGAUCCCUUCUAUCGACACAGUCUUUUUCAUUCCUACCCUCCAGCCGUGUCAGGAAUUCCUCCAAUGAUUCCUCCAAAUGGCCCAUUCGGGUCAUUGCAAGGAGCAUUUCAGCCUAAGACAUCCAAUCCUAUUGAUGUAGCAGCCAGACCUGGGGCUGUUCCACAUACCCUACUACAGAAGGAUCCACGGUUGACGGAUCCGUUCAGGCCCAUGCUGAGGAAGCCAGGAAAGUGGUGCGCAAUGCAUGUCCACAUUGCUUGGCAAAUCUAUCACCAUCAACAGAAAGUAAAGAAACAAUUACAGGUUGAUCCACAUAAACUAGACUUUGGUUUGAAGCCAGAGUUCCUGAGCAGACCACCUGGUCCCACUCUCUUUGGUGCUAUUCACCACCACCCACAUGAUUUGGCACGACCUUCAACUCUUUUCACUGCAGCAGGUCCGACACUUCCGGCCGGUGCGCCAUUUGGCCCUUCACCCCAUCAUGCCAACUUUCUCAGUUCUGCUGCUCACUUAGAGCCUUUUAAUAGAACAAGUACCCUUGGUGGUCUUGCCUCUAUGAGUGGCAGUGCCUUUGGUGGACUGGGAAACCCCUCUCUCACAACGAACUCAAUGUUUGGUCACAAAGACAGCCCAACAGUACCAAAUUUUAACAGCCCUCAUGAACCUUGGAAUCGACUCCACCGAACCCCACCAUCCUUCCCAACACCUCCACCAUGGCUGAAGCCUGGGGACGUAGAACGCAAUCCGUCUGCAGCGACUCAUGACAGAGAUCGUGACAUUGAUAAAAGAGAUUCUUCCAUUAGCAAAGAUGACAAAGAAAGGGAAGCCUCUGAGAAACGUCAUUCAAGUCAUCCUUCACCUGCUCCUAUUAAUCAAACAAGUUCUACAGGACAUAAUCGCACUGCAGCAGAGCAACUCCGCAGUCAUGUCAAUAAUGAUGUUCGUGAAAAAGAAAAGCCCAAGGAAAGGGAUCGGGAGAAUGCUGAUUCUUGGAAAGACAUUGCUGCUGAAGAACACAAAGUCAAAGAAAACCAUGUACAUGAAAAGGAGGGCCUAGCUCAUGACAGCAGGCUGACAGAAGAUCCCAAACAGAUAAGCAGAGUGACUUCUCCAUAUGUGAGGUCAUCUGCUGUGGAGAGCACAAGACCUAGUAGCACUUCCAACAGAGAAACAGAAAGGAAGGUGGAACAAGCAUAUGAUACUCAGAAGAAAACUAGUGAUGUAAAGGUGAAGGAAGAGCACAAGGAAGACCACGAAGUUCCAUCUGAAAGUCCACAAAUACACAGAACUUCUGAGCAACCUCAGCCUUUGUCUACCACUGGUAUCCAUCCAAGUUCUUUAGUGUCAUCUAUGCCUGUGGCAGUUGGAGUAAGUGGAGUACAUUCAAUCAACAGUAUGAACACUCUAGAAAGGACUAGAAUGAUGAACCCAUUUGUAGGCAUAGGUCCAAUUUCAGGAGGAGAACGUUUCCCAUAUCCUGCUUUUCACUGGGAUCCAAUGAGAGAUCCAUUACGGGACCCUUAUCGGGGACUUGAUAUUCACAGAAGAGACCACCCUUUGACCAGAGAAUUUUUUCUAAGAAGUGACCCUCUGACCCGCCUGUCAGGGCCAAGACUAUAUGAAUCUGAACGCGCUUAUAGGGAGAGGGAACCUCAUGAUUAUACCAGAGAACAUCCAUUUAUUAUGGACCCUAGAAGGGAACAUGAGAGAGUCAGCCAUUUGGAAGAACGAGAAAGGUUACAGAUGCUUAGAGAAGAAUAUGAACAUGCACGUUUGCACCCACUCCAUCCAGUAACUCUUGAUGGUCACAUGCCCCACCCAACUUUGAUGGGGCCUGCACUUACCAACAUGCACUACCCCAGGGUUAGCCCAUCAGCCGGACAUCAGAAUGGUAUUUUAAACAAGACUCCUCCCACAUCUGCCUUGAGUGCUCCUCCCCCUCUUAUUCCUGCACUGGGUGGACGUCCAGGUUCACCAAGAAGGACUACUCCUUUAACAACAGAAAUAAGAGAUAGGCCUCCAUCCCAUACUCACAAGGAUAUUGAAGCUCGGUAAAACAGAUCAUCCAGAUCCUCUGAAUGGACAUAUAAUAUAUCCAGUGAAAUUCACUGGGCAUAAAAUCGUGGGUGUUGCCACUGUAUAAUAAAAUGUAUAGACAUGAGUGCAAAUACAAUAAAAUAUGGUUUUGUACAUUUUAUGUUACCAGUUUUACAGAUCUUUUAGCAAAAUGUUAUUCUUUGUGUCCUCUAUUUCAUUUUGUCCUCAGCUUGUAAAAUGUGACUUGAAGCUGAAUUAAAGCUGACAAAGGUGUUUUAUUAUGAUUAUGCUUAAAAGACACCCUAAAAGAAACUUAACUCCCUGAAACUGUAUAGAUCUUUUUGUUCACACGUAAGAUGAGGGUCAUGUAGAAUUUUUUGUAUAGAGGCUCUUUUGUGGUGUACCAGUACCACACAUAUGCAAAAGGGUGUGAUGAAAGCUUUACUUUUGUACAAAUGUAAAUAGUCUAAAAUUAAGUAAAAUAGCUAAUGUGUUAAAACGUCAGCAUACUAUCUGAAAGAAAUAAAUAGUGAUGAACAUGGCAUUUUAUGCUGUGUUACAUGCAUAUAUUGAAACAGCUUAAAAACAUGCCUACUAUGCAAUCAGUUUUAGAGCUUUGUUCAAAAGCUGCAUAUUUCAAAGGAGCCUUUUUCUCAUGCAGCAUAUCUAAAGUUGUAUUGUCCCUUAGCAUAUCCUCAAAUACCCACCUGUAUAGGCCUAUUUUCCUCCUUUGUUUUUUAGAAUAAAGGAUGAAGUAAUGCAAAUAUGCCUUUUGUACACUUCAGCUAGGUGUGUUGUAGUGGACUGCUCCUGCAGAAAUAACCUGCCAUAGUUUGCCAUACAUUAGCAAUUUAAAUCUGCUAUAAAAUACUGGCUUAAAUCUUCAGCCAGAAAACACAAGGAUGCAUAUGCUGUCUGUAUAAGAUACACUGAAUUACAAUUUCUUCUAAAAAAGGUAUUUUUUUGCACUUCUUUUAUUCAGACUGAGGGUGUGCAUUUAAUGCAGAGAGUACCUUUUACCAAGACACGGGAAACAAAUGAAGUCAAACUUGAAAUGUAAAGCAUCUGCAGUUCAAAAGAUCUUUGCUGUACUGUCCAUGCAUAUUUGUAUUUAAAUUCAGGUUUUAUAAUAUUCUUGUAUUGUACUUCAUUGUUUAUAUCAGUACCUGCAGGUAACUUUUGGAUUCCCUUGCAGGAAGACAGAGAAAGAUAUGCACUUCACCAAGUCCUGUUCAUAAAACAAGCACCAUAUUUUAAGUUGGGGGGCUGCAGUGUGUUAGUGUGACAUUAUACAACACACUGAAGUAUACUGCAGGGAACAUUUAAAGAAAAUAACACUGAAAGCAUCAUUGCUGCAAGAUUUUAUCACAUAAUAUUUAUUGCACUUUAUUGCUUUUUAUCAUUGCUUACUUCAUCAAACAGCUUGUCAGAAUCCCCUGAUGCACUUAAACAUAACAUCGGAGCAAUACGGGCCUCUUAGUGUAGGAAGAAUCCCUGCCUGAAUGCUUAGAGACAAUAUGACCUUAGCAGAAAUAACAUGAAUCCUUCAGACUGUAAGAUAUGUAUACAAAAUAAGCCUAGUUCUGUUGUUCUUAUAGUGUAUCAAAGUGCUAUCUGAAGCUGUAUUCUGUUUUGGCAAAAAAUGUCUAACUACAGACAAGUGUUUCUAAUCAGCAGAGAUCUAUUUUAGUAGUCAUCUGAAGGUUUAGCUGUGCGCUUCAGACAUUGUGAACUCCAGAUGUUGUGCAGUGUUUUUUUAAGGAACAAAAUUAAAACCAAGAUGAUGUACACUGGAACAAAAAGUAGUGUUAGCUUUCAGUAUUGCAAAGAGAUUGUUAUAUACAAAACCUUUUGCUGUCUAUCAUGUAUGUAAUAAAGUUCUUUCUAGAACAUAUGUAAAAAAAAUAAAGUGAAGCGACUCUCAAUCUUCAGCAUGUUCCUCAUCCGCAAAAAAAACAAAAACAAAAAAAAAAACAACUUGUGUUAUGUAAAUUGUGCCAUGUUAUUAAAAAAUGUGAAUCAAAUGUC